AAAUAACCUCACACUCAACGUCAACAAAACUAAGGAGAUGAUUGUGGACUUCAGGAAACAGCAGAGGGAACACCCCCCUAUCCACAUCGAUGGAACAGUAGUGGAGAGGGUAGUAAGUUUUAAGAUCCUCGGCAUACACAUCACAGACAAACUGAAUUGGUCCACUCACACAGACAGCAUCGUGAAGAAGGCACAGCAGCGCCUCUUCAACCUCAGGAGGCUGAAGAAAUUCGGCUUGUCACCAAAAGCACUCACAAACUUCUACAGAUGCACAAUCGAGAGCAUCCUGGCGGGCUGUAUCACCGCCUGGUACGGUAACUGCUCCGCCCACAACCGUAAGGCUCUCCAGAGGGUAGUGAGGUCUGCACAACGCAUCACCGGGGGCAAACUACCUGCCCUCCAGGACACCUACACCACCCGAUGUUACAGGAAGGCCAUAAAGAUCAUCAAGGACAACAACCACCUGAGCCACUGCCUGUUCACCCCGCUAUCAUCCAGAAGGCGACGUCAGUACAGGUGCAUCAAAGCUGGGACAGAGAGACUGAAAAACAGCUUCUAUCUCAAGGCCAUCAGACUGUUAAACAGCCAACACUAACAUUGAGUGGCUGCUGCCAACACACUGACACUGACUCAACUCCAGCCACUUUAAUAAUGGGAAUUGAUGGGAAAUUAUGUCAAAUAUAUCACUAGCCACUUUAAACAAUGCUACCUAAUAUAAUGUUUACAUACCCUACAUUAUUCAUCUCAUAUGCAUACGUAUAUACUGUACUCUAUAUCAUCUACUGCAUCCUUAUGUAAUACAUGUAUCACUAGCCACUUUAACUAUGCCACUUUGUUUUACAUACUCAUCUCAUAUGUAUAUACUGUACUCGAUACCAUCUACUGUAGAGCCUGUGCUGCUCUGUACCAUCACUCAUAUACCUUUAUGUACAUAUUCUUUAUCCCCUUACACUGUGUAUAAGACAGUAGUUUUGGAAUUGUUAGAUUACUUGUUGGUUAUUACUGCAUUGUCGGAACUAGAAGCACAAGCAUUUCGCUACACUCACAUUAACAUCUGCUAACCAUGUGUAUGUGACAAAUAAAAUUUGAUUGGAUUUUGCAACUGAAUUGGCUACAAUGGGAAAUUGUAAUAGUCACAAAGCACAGUUGGUCACCUGCUACUGACCUCCACUGGUGUACUGUUAUAUUCAGAUAACAGUUUUUUUUAUUUUAGUUUUUUGUUGUCUUAGAACAGUCAUGACUCUGGACAACACCUCUCCUUUCCUCACUCUCCAUUUAAUGCCACCUCUCCCAGCUCUUACUGACACCUACCCUUGAGCCCCCUCUUUCCAGUUACUGUAACAUGCAUCCUAUCCCACUGAGCACCGACCAACACUGGACGUCCAUGGACGUUGAAAAGUAGUUGAUAUUUGGUCAGUCCAUCCUGACCUUGAUGUUAAUGUACACUGACGGACUGGAUUGGAACAAAUGGAUAGUGCAGAGUACAAUGCUGAGUACUGUACGGUCUCAAUCUCCCUCUAUCCUCCUUGUGUCUCCUGGUUCCACCAAUACGCUUGAUGUCAGCAUCUAUGUGGCAAGUGGCUGAGCAGCGUAAUGUGAUGCAGUAUGGGAAGCUGGAGGAAUUUGUGACUUUGGUGACAGAGAUUGUCCCAGAGAUGCUGAGCUCCAGGCAGAGGACCCAACUCAUCCUGGGACUGAGAGCAAGGCUGGUUCUUGAGUUGUGCUGUGGUAAAGAGGACAUGGUGGACCAUCAAGCCAUCCAACGCCACUUGGAUAGAAUUCAGUCAUGCACAGUAAAGCACAAAGCGAGAGAGAACAAGAAAGUGGAGGCAUCAAAGUCUAACUUUGGGGAGCUGGUCCAAACCCUGCUGGAAGACCCAGCGAAGAGGGAACACUUUUUUCAGCUCUCUACAUUUUCAUUAAAGGAGGUCUUCCCAGUGCAGUACGGUACUAAGUAUGACACAGCACUGCAGAUUCUGGUGUGGGAGUUCUUCUCCAGAUUGGAGGAGCUGCUGCCGGUGCCCAGCUUUACACAGACAGCAUCUUGUCUCAGCCUUGCAUUCUCUGACCUGGAGGAGUGUGUUCAGUCUGUCUCUGACCCUGAGCACUUGAAGACACUGCUGCAGCAUCAAAGACACCUUGGACACCUAAAUAGAGAUAAUCUGUUCUACGACUCUGACACCAUCCUAUCCGCUCUGUCCCUCACUUCCUUGGUAAACUCGAAACAAACUUCAGUGGAGGCUCGAGGUCAUGACACUAGGAAGAAAGAACAGGAGGGUAGAGAAGAGUGGCGACCAGAAAUCAGUUACAAUGGAACUGAUCAGGACGUUGAACGACUUGAAGAGGCUGGUGAAUCCAGUUCUGGACAGCAGAAACCAGGAUCAUCACUACACGCUCGUCCAGUGGCCAUAGACGAACCAGAUGGUGACAUGCCCUCCCAGGUCUUCUCCUGCCCCCAGUGCCCAUUCUCCCACAGGAGAGAGGUGAACCUUCAGCAGCACAUCAGGAAGGAACAUCUAACAGAGGAGGACAGCAGGAACCUGGACUCUGGAGGAGCUGAAAACUCACUGCCGUCCAGUCAAACAAUACAGAGACCCUCAAUCAAGACAACCAAGAAGUACAUCUGCUUUAAAUGUGGAAAGGGUUUCAGAAGCCCAUCGGACCUGAAACGACAUAAGGGUGUUCACACAGACAUGCAGCCGUUCCAUUGCAACCAGUGUGAUAAAAGAUUCAAAGCGAAGGGUAGUCUAAAACAGCACCAACGGGUUCACUCAGGAGAAAGGCCUUAUGAUUGCUCACAUUGCGGCAGGGGGUUUAGGACAUCGGAUAUCUUAAAAUCUCAUAUACGCAUUCAUACUGGGGAGCGACCUUAUGGGUGUACAAUAUGUGGGAAGAGAUUUAUUCAACGGCAAGUACUAACAAGACACAUCAGGAUGCACAGUGGAGAGAAACCAUACUUGUGUAGCAUUUGUGGAAAGACCUUCGCUUGCUCAGGGGAACUGAUGGUACACUCAAGGAUCCACACAGGAGAACGACCGUAUCAUUGUGAACAAUGUGGGAAUACUUUUAGUCUAGCAAGUAAACUGAAAGUGCAUCAGCGAAGUCAUACAGGCGAACGCCCAUACCCCUGUACACAGUGCCCCAAAGGCUUCUCCACCUCCACCAGACUAGUGAAACACAUGCGAAUUCAUACUGGGGAGAGACCUUACCCAUGUGUAAAGUGUGGCAAAAGAUUCUCUGAAAGGGGAAACAUGAGAAUACAUCAACGAAUGCAUGAAAAAGAGCGAAAAGGUCGACAAAUGUAUUGAUAAACCAUAAGCUAUUGAAAUGUUCUUUGGAGAUUCUGCUCUAUAUAGUUCUCUGCUACAUUUUCAGGUGAUUGUGACAUGUUUGUAGAUCUUCUAAUUUGUCACCAUACCAGGCGGUGUAACUUCAGAGAUGAUUGGCAAAAUUUGUGUUCUAAAUAUUGUAACCGUUCUGUAAAAUGUUAGUCACGUCUGGUUAUAUGCGAACAGAUUAGAUUUUACCCUGAAAUAAUUUCCCGAGUUCAAUACUACCCAGUUGGAAAACUAACAAUGGGCAAAAACACUAUUAUAAACCACAUUUCUAAUAUAGCAGGGCAUCUUAAACAAUACCCUCAAAUAAAAAGUGACAUUGUACUUUUGCCUCCAUAUUUAUAGUUUACACACCUGGCACCACCUCUGUUUCCUAUAGACCCUAAAUAUAUUUAGAUUAAAUGAACAAUUGCUUAAUUCUAUUUAGCAUUUUUCCACUUGUUAACUUCACUAUAUACAGUGCCUUGGAAAGUAUUCAGACCCCUUGACCUUUCCCACAUUUUGUUAUGUUACAGCCUUAUUCUAAAAUGGAUUAAAUAGUGUUUCCUUAUCUGUUUAUGCUUUGUCAUUAUGGGGUAUUAUGUGUAGAUUGCUGAGUUUUAAAAAAAAGUAUCAAUUUUAGAAUAAGACUGUAAUGUAACAAUGUGGGAAAAGUAGAGGGGUCUGAAUGCACUGUAGGUGAUUUGGUGGUAAACACCAGAUUCUAUAAAAACACCAUUAUUGUACUAACAAAGCUGACUAGUGGUGUGUAGGGUCCAGUGAUUUGUGGACAUCUAUCAGCUUUGCCUUUCUCCCAGUGGCAUUUAAUGCCUCCAUGGAAUUUAUGGUGAGUUCCAAAAGUAUUGGGACAGUUACACAUGUUGUUUUAGCUCUGUACUCCAGCACUUUCAAUUUGAAGUGAUACAAUGACUAUGAGGUUAAAGUGCAGACUGUCAGCUUUAAUUUGAGGGUAUUUACAUCCAUAUCAGGUGAACUUUUUAGACAUUGCAGCACGUUUUGUACAUAGUACCCCCAUUUAGGGGACCAAAAGUAUUGGGACAAAUUCACUUACACUGAGUGUAUAAAACAUGAAGGACCCGUUCCUAAUAUUGAGUUGCUCUGAACUCUGGAGGAGCUGAGAACUCACUGCCAUCCAAUGAAACAGUAAAGAACUCCUCAGCCAAGACAACGAAGAAGUACAUCUGUGUUCCACCAAAGGGAACAUGAAAGACCAUAAACGUGUUCACACAGAGGAAAAGCUGUUUCAUUGCGACCAGUGUGAGAAGAAAUUUAAAAAUCAAAUGGUACUCUAAUACUGCACCAAAGUGUCCACACAGGAGAAAGACCAUAUAUUCUUUGCUCAUGUUUUGGCAGGGUGUUUAUGACAUCUGGGACCUUUAACUUCCCUUAUACUUACUCAUACUGGGGAGAGACCAUUCACCUGUUCUAUAUGUGGGAGGAGAUUUAUCCAACAGCAAUUACUAACACACCACCUCAGGAUGCAUACAGGAAAGAAAUCAUACUUACUGUAUGUAGUGUUUGUGGAAAUACAUUUUAUUCCUCAGGGGCCUUGUUGGUACACUCAUGAACACACAUGGGUAAAUGCCCCCACAGAUGUCAACUUUGUGGGAAGAUGUUUAGAAUGUAUUGGAUACUCAUGUUGCAGCGAAGGACUCACAGACGAGCUCCCAUUCCCCUGCUCUCAUUGUGAAAAACACUUUAUCUCAAAAGUGCCCUUAGAUGAUAUGCUUAUUCAUACUGGAGAGAAACCUCAUCUGUGUCUAUGUGGGAGGCGGUUUAAUUUGAGAAUCCAUAAAUAAAACUCAUAGGCCAUA